AGAUGCAUUGUUUGCGGUGGCGAGACGGAGAAGAGCAGAGCAGAAGCAGAGAAAUGAGCCCACCGAAGGAGGAGACGCUGGUGGAAGCGGCGCUGCGAGUUCUCAACACAGCCGACCCCUUCGAGAAGGCUCGGCUCGGCGAGUCCGUCGCUUCUCGAUGGCUCGAAGGAGCCAUUGCUCGCCCCUACGACCCUUCAGUGGACCUUCCCGUUCCCGAUCGCCCCGCCAGGCUCUCCGACGUUAAGUUGGUGUCGCCGAGUCUUAUGCCGAAGCUUGGGAAAGCUGGGAGCUUGCAGAGCAGACGGGCCAUUGUUCAUAGCCUUGCCCACACAGAAAGCUGGGCUAUUGACUUGUCUUGGGAUAUUAUUGCUCGUUUUGGCAAGCAAGAGGCAAUGCCGAGAGAGUUUUUCACCGAUUUUGUCAAGGUAGCUCAGGAUGAAGGCCGGCAUUUUACCCUCCUCGCAGCAAGGCUCAAAGAGCUGGGCUCUCACUAUGGAGCUUUGCCAGCUCAUGACGGCCUUUGGGACUCUGCCAUUGCCACUUCGAAGGAUCUUCUCGCACGUCUAGCUGUCGAGCAUUGCGUCCAUGAGGCAAGAGGGCUUGAUGUUUUGCCCACAACCAUCAGUCGUUUUCGCAAUGGAGGCGAUGACAAAACAGCUGAUCUACUUGAGAGGGUGGUUUACCCCGAAGAGAUUACCCAUUGCGCUGCAGGCGUAAAAUGGUUCAAGUAUCUCUGCUUGAGGCCUUCGGUUCCUGCUUCACUAACGGAUAGUUUGGCAUCUGAAGAGGGUGAGGAAGAAAGUGAAGCUAAAGAGGAGGAAACUGAAGAAGUAACAAAGAAGUUCCAUGAUAUUGUAAGAACACACUUCAGGGGACCGUUGAAGCCGCCUUUCAAUGAAGAGGCGAGAAAAGCUGCUGGGUUUGGCCCUCAGUGGUAUCAACCACUGGCUUUCAAAGAGACCACCCUCCAAUGACCCCCUCGCUGGCCUACCAAGAAAAAUCAAUUACUGCUUCAGCCUAUUUGUUUGUUUGUUUUGUAUUGUCAUUUUUAUAUAUAAUGCAUAAUAUUUCAGCUUUGUCACGUUGGUGUUUGGUUCAAGGGUUCAUGUGAUUUAAACCCAUGAGCCAAGUUCAAAAUGGUGUUUGGAUUGGCAAAUUGGAGAUGGAGUUUUUGAAUCUUGCCGUGAUGUUUGGACCAAUCAAAACCACCAAUUUUAGAACUUGUACCUCACAAAUUCAAGUAGUCCCAACCAUCUUCUACAGUGGCUUUCAAACCACACUUUUGAGAUUUUAUAGUCCAAAAAAAGAAAUUUUGAUCCAAAUGGAUUUUA